GACGUAUUCGGAAGCGGACGUCGCGUGCUCACUUGUGCGUGACAGGAGGAUCCGGCGGACGCAGAGACAGUCCGAGGCCGCUGCACUCGCUAUAAGACAGGAUGACCGGGCUUCCCCGCAGGAUCGUCAAGGAAACCCAGCGCUUAAUGGCAGAGCCAGUCCCUGGAAUAAAAGCUGAGCCAGAUGACUGCAAUGCACGUUAUUUCCAUGUUGUAAUUGCCGGUCCACAGGAUUCACCCUUUGAGGGAGGGACUUUUAAACUUGAAUUAUUCCUUCCUGAAGAGUACCCAAUGGCAGCUCCCAAAGUACGCUUCAUGACCAAAAUAUAUCACCCCAAUGUAGACAAGUUGGGGAGGAUAUGUUUAGAUAUUUUGAAAGAUAAAUGGUCUCCAGCUCUUCAGAUCCGUACAGUGCUUCUGUCAAUUCAGGCUUUGUUAAGCGCACCUAACCCAGAUGAUCCAUUAGCAAAUGAUGUAGCCGAGCAGUGGAAGACAAAUGAAGCCCAAGCCAUAGAAACAGCCAGAGCGUGGACUAGGCUAUACGCUACGAAUAACGUGUAAAUUCAUCUUGACCCACCCCAAGUGUGCAUCACUUUUCUGUUCUGCCAAGACCUCUUCCUUUUUUUGUUUUGCAUUUAAUGGACACAGUCUUAAAAAUAAAAUACAGAAUAAUAAAGCCCAGACAUGGUCAGUCUUUGGUGAUUAAAUGCACAUUAGCAAAUCUCAUGUCUUGUCCUAAUUCACUGUUGUACCGCAUGAGCAGAGGCUGUAGAUUUAUCAUUAGCAUGUACUGCAAUGUUCAAGAGGUGGCAAGACCUCCGUGUUUCUCCAUUUUUGGCAUUGUGAUUUCAGUUGAAGCACUGUAAAUGGAGAUAGUCUAGGUUAGUUGCAGUUUGAAUUUUUUUUUUUCCCCUUUUUAAUUAAUGUGACCCUCCCUUUUAUUAUUAUCCUUUUUAUGUUUUCUGAAAGCAGCUAACCUGCACUUUAGUAUAUUUGCCCCAUAGCCUGCCACUUUACAUAAACUAGACGGACAAGCUUGAUUGAAGAAACCAUGAAAAAAAUCAGGAAUCCGUUAUGAACCCCACCCAACUAUGACUAAUCUCCUUUCUUUCGAGUGUUAAACCUUCCAAAGCUUGUGACCAUUUUGUAUGGCUUGUCUUGAAAAUCUGUAAAUCUUAUGUUUUAGUAAAAUAUUUUUUUUGUUAUUCUA